AUGGUCGCUUUUAAAUCAUUAUACUCGAGACGAUCGCUGACGUCCCUACGACAGGUAUGUGAGUAUGUCGAACCAACCUCUCGGAAGAGGAAACGAAAGGAUGUCGAGGAGCUACAAAGCCGUCUGGAUCGCUACGAACAUCUAUUGAAGCAGAAUGGUCUUCUAUCUAAGCACGAUGCGAAGCAAGAGUCGCCCUCAACCAACAAUCUCGAACCUCGAGACAGCUCUGGCCCUAGUACAGCGACUGCUGACACUACGAGACCUACUUCCCGGUCGGGAGUGCUGGUAGCAGGCUCCGAGCCAGGUCAGACUCGCUAUGUUGAGAGUGCUCUAUGGGAAGACCUCGGCGAAGACCUCCAUCCCUCCUCCGACGACGAGGCAGAGCCGGCGCAGGCUUCGACACCGGCUCGCGAGCUUCCGUCUUAUGUCUCCCCUGGAGAUCUGGUAUCGGCUGCGUUUUCUGGGCCCUCUCCGCAGACAUACAAUCUAGCUGAUCUGCAUCCGCCGCCUGAGAUGGCCAGGAAGCUCUGGCAAGUGUAUCUAAGAAAUGCCGACCCGAUCUUGAAGUUUGUACACGGCCCUAGCACUACGGCCAUAGUCGAGAAGUACUGUUCCAACGUUUACGCACUUCCCAAAGAGACAGAGUGCUUGCUAUUCGCCAUUUACCACUUCGCCGUUACCUCCAUGGUAGACGGCGACCGGCAGGAGCUUCUUGGCCACUCAUGGCCGGAGAUACGUGCACAAUACCACGAUGCAACACGGCAGUGCUUGAUUGCCUGUUCUUUCUACCAAACCACAAGCUUUCCCGUACUGCAGGCUUACGCUUUGCUCCUGGCGUCGAUGCGGUUCCGAUACAAUCCUCACACGUUCUGGAUCUUGAGCGGUAUCCAGGUCCGACUGGCACAGAGGAUGGGUCUGCACAGCGAAGACGAGCGACAGCUGAGUCCAUUUGAUGUUCAGAUGCGCAGACGGGUGUGGUGGUAUGUCCUCAUUACAGAUCACUUUGCGGCACAGCAAGCUGGCACCACUUCAGCAACGAUGCCGAUCGAGUUCUGGGACUCACCAAAGCCACUUAACGUCGAUGACAAAGACAUAUGGCCAGGCAUGACGCAACGUCCACAGGAGAAGGAAGCCGCCACAGACAUGCUCGUUUUCCUUGUGCGAGUGGAGAUCACGAGUUUCAGAGCCAAGAUGAGCCGUGCUCCAGGCAAGUCUACAGACAUGGAAGCAUCUCUCAAGGAGCUCGAGAACCGGAUCCAGAGCAAGUUUACGAGGCAUUGCGACGUAACGAAUCCGGUGCAUUACAUGAUCAUGGUGGGCAACCAAGCGGCGAUGCUCAACGCACGCCUACGGACACGCUUAACUCGCGUGAAGAAAGGCGAGGCAUCCGACGCCGAGAGAAAGGAGGUCUUCGCUGUGGCUUUGAAGAUCUUAGAUCACGAUGUUGCGCUGCAAACGAAUGAGCUGGCGACGAGGUUCUCCUGGCAGUGGCAAGCGUUCUUCUCAUGGGAACCUCUCAUCUGCGCCCUUAAAGAGCUCUGCGAGGAGCAAGACCCGGGUCAGGUUGACUCUGCGUGGGAGAAGGUCGAGCGUGUCUUCAAAGGACAUCCUAAUAUAGUCACGCCAUCGCGCGCAAUUGAGGUGGCAAUUGGUAGACUGGCUUUGAGGGCCUGGGACUUGACGCAGCGGAGGUCCUCCGCCCCUCCUCGAGAGCCCGCUUUUCUCGGAUCCCUACGUCAAUUCUUCCGAGUGCGCGAGGAGGCGCGGAAGACGUCUCCGGCAGCCAAACACACGCCAACAGAACAGUCGGCGGAAACGCAGCACGACACCUACCCGCCGCUCGGAGAACUCGAAACGUUGGAUGAUUUUGGAGCCGACAUCGACUGGAACUUUUGGGAUGAUCUGAUCCGCGAUUCGGAGCUUGAUUCUUCGAGGGUACAGGGAUGA